GGGACUGAGAGCGUGUAUAUCGCGGUGGAGUGUACAGACACAGCAAAAACGAAAGAAAAAUAAAAAAACAGAAAAACAAACAACAAAAAGAAAAUAAUAAAAAAAUAAAUAACUUAAAUCCAAAAAACACACACACAAAAAUGAUCUUUAUGUAUUUCAUUCAAUUAUUCUCAACCGAUAGAUCAAUUUAACUUAUCAAAUGCGAUCAAAUUGUGUUUUUUUUUAUUAAAAAUCAUGUUCGCUUUUUAAUUCGAACAUCGAAAUUCGGAAAAUUGUGAAAAUUGUAUGUGAUUUAUAGUGAUUUUCAAAAAAUUAAUGCACAUUCAAGUAAAAUUUUAGACGUACAUAUGUCGUACAUACACACAUAUGUAUGUGAAAACCUACAUGCAUACAUCCAAGCAUAUCUUAUCAAUUCAUAGUGAAAUGAGGAAAAUACACAAAUAAUAUAAAAAACAAGCACGUGACUGUAACAACUUGAAGAUUACGCAAAACAGACAACGAAAACCUCAAACUUCCAUGUAUAAAAAGAAACAAAUAAGAGUUAUUGAGAAUUUUUCGAGGUACAGCUUCAGUGUAAAAAAACGCUAAAUUAGUCACACUGAAAACCAAAAUUAAGAUAAAUGUCAAAAUAACGCUUUACAAACAAUCAAAAAGACAAUUCUGUCAAAACUUAAUAAAUAAAUGUUUGAAGAAAACCUGAUUUCAAACCAGCAAAACGGAAAUUAAUUCAAAUAAAUCCCAACUGAAAUAUAACAAAACAAAAAAAAGGGGAAAAAAGCGAAAUGAAAUAAAUAAAUAAAUUUACAUUUUAAAUGUUACAAGAACAACAAUAAAAUUAAUAAUAACAAAAGCAACAACAACAAAAACAAUAUAAAAUAAAAACAAAUAAGUACAUUGACAUUCAAUUCAUAAAAGCAACAACAAAAAGUUUAAAAUAAAAAUAAAACAAAAAUUUGUUUAAACAAAAACAAACAAAUUAUUAUUGCACAUAAAGAAAAUAAAUCAUAGUUUAUUAGUGAAAAUAAAACAACAAGAAAGAUAUUCAAAUCCAUUCUAUAAUGGGCUAUAAUGAAGGAAAUUGAUACUGAGACUUCAGUUAUAUGGCCAUCAUGGUGCUAUUCCGACAAUAUUCGCCGUAAUGUGUUAAAGGAAUGUGCAGAAAUUGAAAAGGAUUUGUAUGUGAAUAUCGACAAAGAGUCAAAUUAUUCGAUCCUAGGAAAAACUGCAGCAACACACGAAGUCACGUCAGACAGUCAAGGUAUCAACUCAACAGGUGAUUGCAAUAAAAAACGUUGUCGUAGUAAAACAUCGUCUCCGUUAGCGCCUCUAGCACCACUAUCACUGGCAUCGACCACGAUCGUUGGGGAGAAUAAGAUGCUCAGCGAACGCUCUUUAAUAUUGAGUGGUUACAGUAACAACAAUACAAUCGACAGUGUUAAAACGAAUUGUGAGAAGAGCAAUACACCACCCUUGAGCGCAGUUCCGUCGCCGGUACAGGGGACCGGUCUCACAAUUACACCUACAACGACAGCAGCAGCGGCAGCUGCUUAUCUCUAUUUGGAAAAGGUGAAAAAUGAACGAAUGUCACCGCGUGUGACAGCAGCACAACUUGAUUCCUUAAAGGAUGCUAUUAUGGAAUCAUCAGCUGCAGCAGCAGUUGCUGCUGCAAUGGUAAACAACAACAAUAGUAAUUCUAUCAAUAACAACAACAACAAUCACAACAGCAACAAUAGUACCCACAACAACAGUAGCAGUGCAAGUAAUUGCAGCAACAGCAGCAGCAGCAUAAAUCAUAAUUUAGUCAAUUGUCAGGUUCAACAACAAAUUACCAGCAAUACCAGUGAUGAACUACAGACUCAUUCCCUGACACAAUCCUGCAGUCAACCACAACAGCAUCAUCAGCUUCAAAAACAAUCGCUUCAACAUCAUCAUCAGUCAUUACACAUGAACAGCAAUCAUGUGAAAAAAGAAAGACUUAGCCCUGGCACCAACGGUGAUCUCCAAACGACAUUAUCAAGAUCGCGAAGUACAACACCAUCGUCAUUUCGUGGCACGUCGCCGCAACAAUCUGUUCACAGUAGUCCGUCCGAAACAUUAGUACCGAUGCAUAAUCUCUCCACGAAUCUGUUGAAUAGUAUUCAUCAGGCAGCCGCAUCAAGUCGACAUGGAAAUUUAAGUGUUUCUUCGACGGGCUUAACCAGUGCAAAUUCAGGAUUGCCCGCCGAUUUUUCAACGCGCAAUUAUUCGGAUUUUAUGCGAAGUUUGGCGGCCAAGUACAAUAACACAAAUCCAAAUGAUAACUUGAAGCGGAAUACACUGUUUGAAGCAACUUCAAAUAAUACAAUUAGCCAGAAGAAGACAUCAACAGCAGCAGCACAAAAGACAUCUUAUGCAACCUCACCCACCACCCAAAUCAAUAAGGAAGUAUCCAUAACGACAACCUCUUCACUACCUCCCCCUCCACCGCUAACAGCAGCAGCCAUUUCCCCAGGCGAGUCAGCACUUAAGUUGACACAACAGAAUAAACUCGCCGCGGCAGUAGCAAAUGCAGCGGCUGCUUGCAGUAGCAAUGUUUCGCCAUACAUGACUUCGUUUCUAUCCAGUCUUCCAUUUUCACCCGGAAUUUUUCCACCGCUUAUAGACAUGAGCAGCACGCAGGCCUUAAUAACUUUGGCUCGUGCCGCCAAAGAAAAUGAAAUACACAACAUGUUGAGUGCCUCAGCACAACAUCCAAAAAGAUCUGCAGCCAGCACUUCGCCCUCACCUAGUCCAAGUUUAAAUAUGGCCCUUCAGCAGGCAGCACAAUUUAUAUCACCUGCACUUAUCUACUCCGCUCAACUUCAGAAACAACAACUGCAACAGCAACAACACCAGCAGCAGCAGCAGCAACAGCAGGCUUCAAGACAAUCUAGUCCACGUUUACCAAACAUUUCAAAUUCCACCACGUCCAAUUCCACCACGUCUGCCAAAAGCAAUAGGAAUCUUGGUGAAAAAAUUAAUGUUUCGCCAUUAGACUUGAGCUCUCAGCCGCCAGCAGCUAAGCGUUUCAAGGCUGAAUCCACAUCAAGCCAAAGUAGUAAUGACGGGCUUAUACAUACCACCAUAACAAGAAGAGCAUCGUCUUCAACUGCCACAACGUCUCCAUCACCCCCGCCCCUUAAUGAAAAGUCUUUGAACGCUUUUACUGCUUCUCCAGCCGCAACGGCUUCUGCCGUUGUUGGCUCCAGUACAAAGACAGAAGCAACUACAACAGCAUUUACGCCAAUCAAAGUCGCCAGCUCAACAUCUGCCACAUCAUCCAUUGCACCUGCGGUUAAUGUACGUCAAUGUCAAGCCCAAAGUGAAGAGUUGAACUCUUGGACAGUGGAUGAUGUUUGUGCAUUUGUAGGCAGCAUAGAUAUCUGUGCCGAAUACGUAAAGCAUUUUCGUGAUCAAUGCAUUGAUGGAUCUGGUUUGCCGCUGCUAACAGAAGAUCAUUUGGUAAAUUCGUUGGGCAUGAAAUUAGGACCAGCUCUUAAAUUACGUUCUGUGUUGGCGAAGAAAUUGGGCGGUCCUUGUCCGUGCGUGUCGUGUGUUGCACAAGUUCAACAGGUGUUGGCUUUGCAAACUGGUGGUAUGACAGCAGCAGCAGCAACAAUUGCAACAACAACAACAGCAAGCGAUCAUACAACAGGCAGCAUUGCCACAAAUGUUGCUGCAAUUGGUUGUAGCAGCAAUAGUGGUGGUAGUUGUAAUAGUCAUUUACCAAAAAAUCCAUUAUCGACCAACAGUAGCAAGAACUGUAGCAGCUACAACAGUAGCAACAGCAACAGCAGCUCUGUUAACAAGAAUGAAAGUACAACAUCAACAACAAGUUCUACAAAUACUAUUUCCGCAAAUAGCACAACUACUAAUGUAUACAAUAGCGAUGGCAAUACACCCAGAGGCAACAGCAAUUGUAAUGCUAAUGUUGGUCAUUUUUCAUCACCACCGCCACCACAAGCACCCAUACCCCAGCAACAGCAACAACAUCAUCUUCAUCCACAAGAACAGCAUUCACCAUCGCAAAACAUUUGCAGCAGCAACAACAGCAAUCCAACUACCAAUCGUCACGACAAUGCCGACUCCAGCAGUUAGUUGAUUAUUUUGUAUCUGAAAUUAUCGUUGCAAUUCAAAAUACAAAACGCUACGAGUAAAAUCGAAUGGAAUGAAUAUAAUGCAAUCAAUAUCCAUAAUAUUAAAUACACUGUACAAGGACGACAGAAAGACAGUGUGACACAUUGAGGAAAAACUAAAAUUAUGAAAUGGGGAUUUUCCUUAUUCCAUUCUAUUCGGUGAAAAUCGAAUGAAUUAAAAUUGAGAAUAUUCCUACUCAGUGGCAAAAAGCCAAUUGAAUUUUUAGCUAAACUACUUGACUGUUUUAUGAAAUCCAAGAGAAAACAAUCUUUAGUAAAUAUCAAUGAAACGUUAUUUACAUCCCUCCAAUUUCUAACAAUAAAAGAAUCAACUCUAAUACGAACAAGAAUCUGUAGCAAAUAACUUCAUACUAACAUUUACAAUUUACUUAUGUUAUAAACACAAUUUGAAUGCCUAUUUACAUUUGGUAUCAAUUUAAUUUAUCACCAUUUGAUAAAAAAAAACAAUUUUGGACGAAUCAGUAUUUCAUUUUUGUCCAUCCGUUGAUCAAAUUCACUUAGUUGAAUGAGCAGCAAACUGCAACCAAAAAUCAUUAUCAUUAUUAAUUGUUUGGGUCGUCCCACGUAUUAGAUCCGAGCAUUCGAAAAGCUUUGUAGUUUUUCUCUAUCUUUACUUAUCGCUAGUUUAACCCAAGUUAUUAAUGUAGAUGGGAAUGAAGAAAAUUAAUGUUCAAUGACAUUUCACAUUUGCUGAAAUUGUGCAAAAGAUAUUCGACAAUUCGCUUGUAGUAGUUAUUCUUUCUAUUGCCAUUUUCCAGAUUCCAUGGCUGAUAAAUAGUUGGUGAAAUUGUCGCCCUUUAUCAAUCUUGUCACAAUUAGUCCGACAAAAUCCACUUAUUUGCUUUUGACGUGGAAAAUUUUGGAAAUUGAUGAUGUUCGAUAAGUGGAAAUGGCUUCGACAGUGAUAAAAUUUGUUAAUAUUUUUUAUUCCUAUUUAGUUACUUAUUUAGAAACUUACAAAAUAUGUAUAUACAUAAAUUUAUAUGUCACUAAAAGGUAACUUGCUAAUCGUUUUUUUGUUUGCCCCAAUUUGCGUACUUCAAAUAUAUCCAAUAAACCAAAAUUUUUGUUGAUUUUUGAAUUUUGGGAUUUUUGGUAACAAAUCUCAAUUUAUUUUACUAUAGCAUUUCAAACUAAACAUUCUAUACAACUCUAAAAUGUUAUUAAACAAUAUUUAAAAACAAAAAUUUUAUUUUAGAAUAAAAAAUGUUCAUUUGCCUUGUUUUAGCAAAACCGUUUUAUAGAUUUUUUGAAAACACAACUUCCUCCAUUUACUUCUUUAUACUAGUCACAUUAACAGCUUCAAAAUACAUAUAUUUGAAAUAUGUGAACCGUUAACCUGUCUCCACGCGUGACCCCGUCUCCGUUGGUCUAUAAUUCGAUAAUUUCGAAAAAUUUUUUUGGAAUUGUUAUUUUUUUUUUAAAUUUAAAAAAAAAAAUUUUCUUUUUUAAUUUUUUUUUUUUUUUUGAAAAAAAAUUCGGGUUAAAAAAUAUUUUUCCCGAUUUUGACUCAUUGUAGGUCCAACUUACUAUGGUCUUAUAUACGUCGUUUGAAAUAUCUAUCAUUAGAUAUCCAUAUUGUCUAUAUUAAUGACUUAGUAAUCCAGAUAUAUGUAUGUAGGUCAAAAAUCGAGGUUGUCCUGGUUUUUUCCUCAUAUAUCAGCCAUUUGUGGACCGAUUUUGCUGAUUUUAAAUAGGAAACUUCUCGAAAGCAUGUCUGACAGAAUUAUUGAAGAUUUGGAUAUCGAAGAUAUCUGGGGUUUUCAGAAAAUUUAUUUCAACAGACAGACAGACGGGCAUGGCUUAAUCGACUCCGCUAUCUAUAAGGAUCCAGAAUAUAUAUACUUUAUAGGCUCGGAAAGUUAUAUUGUGGAAAUUACGAACGGAAUGACCCUUCUCAUUGAUUUAUUAUUGCAUAUAUCGAUGGCUUAAUACAUAUAAAAAAGGCGUAACUAAAUUUUUUUAAAAAAUAUCAAUGCAAACAAAGUUAUAUUAAAUAACUUCAUUAAAAUAAAAAAAAAAUGAUAAAUAAAAUGUGAUGUCUCUUCUUAUUACAAAUUGCAUUAAAACUUUUUUUGUGUCAAAAAUUUUAUGGAUUUUAUUAAGUUUUUUCCUCCUCCUGUAAAGUAACAAAAAAUCGAGUUACGCCUUUUUUAUAUUAAGCCAUCGAUAUGUAUGUAUAUUGUUACAAAGGCAUAUUCUGCAUAUUAUUUGAUUUUUAUGGAAUGUGUCUAAAAACAAAAUAAUUUAAAUUUGUAUUUAUAGAUUAUACCUGGAAUGUAAUGGUUAUAAUUUAUAAAUAGAUUUGUUUUACAUAAAUUUAUUGUCUAAUGCCUAUUCGACAAAAUUACGAACACAAUCAAUUUGCAUUUUUUAUGAUUUUCAUUCAGCUCUAAAGUUUCAAAUUUAUAAAAUAAUUCAAUAAACUAGAGUAGGAAGGAUUUCUCGUUUUAACUGUAUUUCAUAAAUAUUGUAAAUAUUUAUAAUAAGCACAAUCAAUAAAAAUAAUAUUAAACUAUUUUUGUUCAUAUAACUUUAUAUACAUAAUAACAUACAUAAGUACAUAUGUACAUUAUGCAAA